UGGGGGGCGGCAGGCUACGCUCCGGAAAAGUGGCGGGGUCUCUCGAGGCCGCCGCAUGUAUGUGGGGCUGUGGGGAGACUGUGGUACUGGAUGGGGUGUCCCCAGGGCUGGUUCGGGACUUGCCAGGGGAGUGUGCCAGUGUUGCGAGGGUGAAACUUGAGGCUCUGGGCCACCCCCAGUCCGAGCUUGGGGAAUAGGGAUCUUGUUUUGGGAUAUAGACUGUAAGGGACCCACGCCAUGACCUUGGCUCUGACAGGCAGGAAACCCUCUAACUGAAAAAAUCCUCUCUAGACAGAAUACCGGGGCCAAAACCCCUGCCCUGGUCUGUUAAUUUUCGAGGACUUGCUACUCAGACCUUUCCCUUUGUUCUUUACGGGGGGCUUUAAAAGCAUUAAAGCAAAAAAUGUGGUCUGAUUUAAAUGCUAAAUAACCAGUUUUAUUAUUUUACAUCUCAGAUAUCUACUUUCAUACAAGAAAUCCCGAGGUUAAAAGGGACUUUAAAGGCCCAGCUUUGGCGAACCCCUUAAUUAUUAUUUGCACCUUGACGAGUUUCUGUAAUUAAUGAUCAUUAUUUCUUAUUUCAGUUACAUUUUCCCCUUCUUGGGUUCGUAGUACCUGUUUGUCACAAUUUUUUGUAUUAAAAACAAACAAACAAAAUCAAAGCCAUUGCCAUCAAGUCAGUUCUAACUCAUAGCGACCCUAUAGCACAGAGAACUGCCCCCAUAGGGUUUCCAAGGAUGGGCUGGUGGAUUGGAACUGCCGACCUUCUGGUUAGCAGCUGAGUUCUUAACCACUGUGCCACCAGGGCUCCUCCUGUAUAAUACAGGUGAAUUAAAAGACAGAAUUACAAUGUCAGAGUUGUGAGAGACCUUGGAGAUGAUUGAACUCCCUUAAUUUCUGUGUGUGAAAGAAAAAGUGAACUUCCUCUCUAGUCUCCAAACUAUGAAAACAGGCCCCCACCUGCUAGACAGGCACUCAAUAAAAUGUCUUUAAUAAAUAACUUGAUUUGGAUCUUGUUGUGUGCUGCCCAGUCGAUUCGGAUUCAUAACGACCAUUUAAUACCACACCUUUAAUAGCAGAUCUGUGUGUAAAACCCCAGCAGGGUCCCAGAUUGAUCCUUUAUGUUGGAAGGAUCUGAUCUAGUGCCUCCAGAUUGAUCCUUUAGGUCCUUGAAGCCAGCCUUUUGAUCUGAAGGCAGUAUGCAGUAAUCUUUCAACUGUCUUUUUUCCCCUCUGGGUAAUGAUGAGUUAGGGUUGCUAGUAAAUCAGACAACUUCCUAAACCUGCUGUAAAUAAUCUAUAGUGAAGAGACAUGCGGUAGACACCUGUUCUAUUAAUCCAACAAGUUAGUUCAGAUGAAUUGAGACAUUAGACUUAUGAAAUAAAAGACAUUGAUAGUCCUGGAACAAAAAACAUGGCUCACAAGAUUUUUUUCUUUCUUGGUAUCUUUUUUGUUAACAUUUUUUUCAUUUGCUUUCUCUUUUUAUAUAUAGAUACUUUUUGCUGAACCAUUUGCAAGUAAGUUGCACACAUCAUGACCUUUAACCCUAAUUUCUUCAGCAUGCAUCUCCUUAAGGACAUUGUUACCAAGCCACAGUAAGAGUAUCACACCUAGGAAGGUUAACAUAUUCAAAUUUCCCAAUUUUCCCAAAAAUGUAUUUAUUUUUAUCUCAAAAAUGUUUCUUUUUGUGAUUCAGGAUGUAGUCAAGUUCCACAUAUAAAAGCAUGCUUUUGAUUUUGAUGAUUCUUUGGUCUCUUAAUGUAGAGCAGUUUUCUAUCCCUUUCCUUUAUGACUUGACUUUUUUAAAAGACCAGGCCAAUUUUACAACUUGUGCCAUAGUGUGGAUUUUCCUGAUUAUUUCCUCUGAUCAGAGUCAGGUAAAACAAUUGUGGCAAAAAUACCACAUAGGUAAUGUUGUGUCCUUAUUAUACCCAGAAACACAUAAUGUCAGAACCCACUGUUUGUGAUAUAGUACUAGGUUUAAUCAUGUGGAUAAGGUGGUAACUACCAGAUGUUUCCAUUGUAAAGAUACAGCUUUUUUUUUUGUAAUAAGUGACCUGUGGAGAAGCUUUGAGACCAUGGAUAUAUCCUGUUUCCCAAUAACCUAUCACCCAGUAUCUUUUAUCAUCCAUUCAUGAUCCUUGCCUGAAUCACAAAAUUACCAAUUACCAGUACCAAUCCAACAAGGACCAAGAGCAAUUAUAGUAAUAUUGAAGAAUUAGUUAUUGUGACCCAGGUUUGAGCAGAAUUAGAGAUUUGGCUUCAGACCUGGUACAAAUCUUCAUAUGAUUCUAAAAAAAGAAAUACAGGGCAUCUCCCCAUCAUAUCCUGAUUAGUUUGUUAUUUUUCUCAGUAUUCAGAAAUUUCUGUGAAUUGUUUGUACCUGUAUAAUGAUGUUCACCUAAUAAUUUUUUCAGGGCUGUUGCCAACUCUUUUGCUCUUCUCCAGGAAUUGGAUUUCCUUUUAAGAAGAUUAAAAUAAUUUAGGGAAGACUAUUCUCAACAACAACAAAAUAAAUAAAAUUUUUAAAAAAUAAUAAUUUAGGAAAGGAACUAGGUGCCAUGGAGAAGAGAUAAGAGAUAGUUAAUAAAUGUAAGAACUCAGGCCAUCCCUGGAGAUAUUCAAGAAAAGGUUGGACAACCACUAUUCCAGAACAGAAAAGAAACUCAUGCAUCAGAAAAGGUUUCAGGGAUAUGACCAGGAAUAACCCGAUUGAAUAUCUGUCUCCACCACAACAAACAUUUGCUGUAAUAUCUGGAAACAAGGACCAAGUAAAAGAACAGCCACAUUGCUGAUACCCGUUCUCACCAUCAGGUGACUAAUAACCAUACCAAAAGAAUAUGGCUACACAAAUACCAGAAUCUGAUCAGAUAAAACAGUUUAAGGAAUUUCUUGGAACCUACAAUAAACUUACAGAAACCUGCUUUUUGGACUGUGUUAAAGACUUCACAACAAGAGAAGUGAAACCUGAAGAGAUCACCUGUUCAGAACAUUGCUUACAGAAAUACUUAAAAAUGACGCAAAGAAUAUCCAUGAGAUUUCAGGAAUAUCAUAUUCAGCAGAAUGAAGCUCUGGCAGCCAAAGCAGGACUCCUCGGCCAACCACGAUAGAGAAGUCCUGAUGGAUGAACUUUUGAUGUAAUAUUGCUAACAGUUGUUGAAACUAGCAAUGAGGAUUCAUUUGAUAGGAUCCCCUGAAAGCAAAAGUCACCAUGUUAAACUGCCAUGACUGGCAAAUGGAAACCACUGGAGAAACAAAAUUGCUGUGUACCAGGAAUAAUCAAAUAGAAGGUCUUGUUGUUCAGUGAAAAUAAGAUGCAACAUUUGUUGAGGCCUUAAGAUUCAGCAGCUUGGUCACUUGAUUAGAAAAAUAAACCAUUGUUUCUUCAAUUGUGACUGUUAAUUUUAAAGCAAAAUAUGUACUCAAUCAUGUAUGAGAUAGAAAAAAAAUUUUAUUACUAAAAGUAAAAUAAAUGGAAGUAUCACUAA